CGGUUAUGAAUUUGACUAUGAAUACUACAGAGAUAAUUUCUACACUCGGCUUUUUGACUACCACGGCAGAGUGGCGCCCCCUCCCAGAGCUGUGAUCCCUCUGAAACGCUCCAGGGUGCUUGCUCCUUCCUCUCGCCGUGGGAAGACUUCCUUCCCCAUCAAAACAUCCUCUUCCUCGUCUUCAUCAUCCUCCAGAGCUCCCACAUCAUCAUCCUCCUCGGGCAUCAAACUGAAGACAGAUCAGCUCCAGACCAUCAAACGAGAGCUCACUCAGAUCAAAAUGAAGAUCGACUCCUUAUUGGGGCGCCUGGAGAAGAUUGAGAAGCAGCAGAGAGCUGAAUCUGAGGCUCAAAGGAAAUAUGAGGACAACUGUGACUCUCUGCAUGAGGAGUCUGUGUCAGAAACGGCAGAAAACUCCGGCGAGGAGGCCGGCGAGGGGGCGCUGGAGUUGGAGGCAGGGGAGAUGACCGACGGAGGCGAGGAUGACUACGAUGAAGAGGGCAGUCACCAUCUGAUAGAGAACCACGUAUCGGAUAUUGACAACUGAGAUAAGAGUGAGGAAUCCAACUCUCCUGGCUGUAGGUAUUAGAAUUCAUCAUCACCUUCAGGAGGCAGAAAAGGGAUCUGCGAGGGAUCAAGACCCUACCCAUUCAGGACAGUGAGUUGUGUUAAAGAGAUGCCGAGUCAUGUUUCGACGCCCAGCUCUGCAGCACAAACCAAAUGUGACGUGCUGUUUUACAGAAAAUUUGUUCUUAAUGUGUUGCCCUGAGUUUACUUCGAGAGCAGCUUAUGUAACAUAGCAAGAAGCCGACAGUCUAUACAUCUCCUGAAAACAGACAAAACAGAAUGGAAAGAUUUACGAAGAAACAGAAACAUGUUGUCGAURAAUUUUUGAUGCUUUUUUAAAAACGUGCUUGCGCUGUAAUUUUACAAUUUUUUUUGUUGUUGUUGUUGCUUUUGCUUAAAUAUCAAACAGAUGAACGAGUUAGGGUAAGAACAAUCUGUGACCGCGCUGUGGUCUCCAGAAAAUAAACGGAGCGUCGUUGCUGUCUGCUUUUGGAUUAAAUAAAGCCAAAAGCUAUGAGCAUAACUUUAUGUGGCUUCAUCCAUUUAUCACACAAAUGCCCUGUGGGGCUGUUCCACCAUGUAUUCCGAACUCCCGCCAAGUUUGUAAAGCAGAGCGAGGGCUCCCUGUUGUUGAGAGCCAAGUCUGGCACAGAAAACUCCUGCCAGGGAGCAGCACCCCGACGUCUCCUCCCUGCACAGCCUGCGCAUCCCAACUUGGCCUGCUGCUGUUCUGGAGCCAGCACCUUCCUCCUACAACACCUCAUUAUUUUUCCUUUUGUUUUUGUUUUGUUUUGUUUUACAUCCAAAUCUGAUUCUAUCUCAUGUWAGCGAGGGAGCAAAAGCAAGAUCUUUGAAAACUGCACAAUAAGUUAUAACUUAAAGGGGAAGGAUUAAAUAAAAACAAAUCAUGAAAUGUGUGAUUCAUAUCACUUGUUUUCAAUACAUCGUAAGUAGACGUAAAUUAUGGUACAUCGUCGUCCUCCUCUCAUUACUGCUUUUACCCCCUCUCUGUUGUGGAACUGUUUUUUUUUCCUGGUUGGAUUUCCUGUUUGCCGGUGAAAUUGGUGCCAUGUGGAGGUGCAGUUAACCUGAUUACAAAUAAAUUGCUGCAAAUUUAAUUACGCCAGUAACGACUUAA